AUGAAAAUACAAAUAUGCGUUUUUGACUUCACUGUGCCAUUUCUAACCAUAAUAGCAACUUGUGUCGCUCAAUUACCAUUCCUUGACAAAGAGACGACUGACAUAGUAGCGAAUCCUACAAUCCGAAACAAUGAAUUUGCUGUGGUAAGCAAAGACUCUAUCAUUUGAAUCAAAAUAAGUACAUUCUAUAAAUUUUUUGACCAAUUUAUUUCAAAAUGCCCGAAACGAAAUUUAAGAAUUUAGUCAAAUUGGUCUACCAUUAUGCUGAAAAUUACUUUGACCUUGAAAAGUGUAACGAUUAUCAAAAAAAAUAUUUUCAGGAAACUCUUAAAAUUUAUAUAAAAACAAUUUAUUUUUUACCAGCUAUAGCCUUUAAAAAAUUAUAAAAUAAUUUUAGACUAGAAGAGGAGAUCAUCCGGUUAGCCAAGCCAGCCAUAUACCUGAUCUGAAACAAUAUUUUCUUAAACGAAGGAAAGAACAAGAGUAAGGCCAGGCCAAAACGUUUUUAUUUAAAUAAUUGAAUAACAUGCUGACAUAUUAUUCUUGCAUAAAAUUUUAAAUUUACACAUUUUUUAAAUUAAAAUUUUUUAGCUCAUAAUGUAUUUCAGAUUAAAAACAAAACGUGCCAGAUUGGCUGGCAUUGUUAAUUGGAGAGAAAAGUUGGAUGAUAAAAAAGAUCGAAAAAAUUCGAAACAAAUUUUUGUUAGUCACGAGCUUAACAGUUUCGAAGACAGCGAUGAAAUUUACAGGGUAAAACUUUUAUGAUGACAUAUUUAACAAAGAAUUUCAUAGUUUAAAAAAUCCAUUAAUAGUCAAUAAAAAUAAUAACCAUAAUUUUUGUCUUUCAGCGCCAUCCCAAUUCCCUCCAAGGAGUCGAAGCCUUCCCCCGAAACGAAACCUUUUUUGUGACAAUUCCAGUUAGUAUUGCUAAGCACAAAACGGACGAAGACAAGUGUAUCAUAAAUGAAGUCACUAAAUCAUGUUGUAACGCAACCUUAGAAAAUGCUAUUGUCAGAGCGUACAAUCUUGUCAGAAAUGACCCUAACUUUGUGCAUUGUAAUUUACACCGAAUUGUGCAUGCCAUUCAGAAAGAAGUUGAAGAAGAAUUUCAUCGACAAUUCGAAAUUAUCGCCUCCCCAACUCCAUUUGUGUCAAAAUCAUAUCAAACCAAUAGUAUGCAUUGCGAAUUAAAGUUGGAAGGCAAAUAUGUGGCCGUUUAUGAAACACCAAAUCAGGAAGCAGAAGUAAGAAAUUUGAGUAACUAUUGAUAAUAAAAUUAAAUUUUUAGAUUGAACUGAUAGACGUACAUCAAUUCCUAUCAUCUCAUGAACCUCCAGAAAAUUUUCAAGUGAUUGCUGAUGCAGAAAUCAUUCGAAUUCGUAAAAAACUUGAAAAAGAAGGUCAAACCAGUAAAAAAUCAACAUAUUUGGUCUAUGGGCCAAUAAAUUAA